CGGCCAGUGAGCAGCGCAAGGGCCUCCGACGGCGGGGGAAAGCGACCGAAGCCACCGCCGGGCUGCCGGCCGCCCCGAAACGGCACCCAUGCGAUGAACCCUAUUAAGCUGCGCGCGCCGCGAUGAUUGUGAGGGCUGCCCUCGCAGCCCUGGCCUGCCUGGCCGCGCGCGUCGCGGGGCAGACCAAGCAGUGCGAUCCGGCCCAACCCGAGGUAAAAUUUAGGAAGCAUAGGAUCGAUGAUGCGGUCUCGAAUGGCAAAGCGGUUCUCGCGGCGGACCUAAACGGCGACGGCGACAUCGACAUCGCCGCGGCCAUUCAGGGCGAUAACAAGUUCAAGUGGUACAAGAACAAACUCUUCAACGGUACAAAUGGCAACAUUUCGUUUGCGGCCCGUGACGUCGUGACCACGUCCGCGAUCACCUCGCCGAGCGGGGUCCAGGCGGCGGACAUCGACGGCGACGGCGACGUGGACCUCCUGCUGUCGUACGGUACAGGCACCAGUAGCUUUCUCCAAUGGUACGAGAACGAUGAAGCGGCAGGGGGCGUCCCCUACGACGACGGCGCCCUCCUGCACACCAUCUCCGAUCAAAACGCAGCUUCAGCCGGGAUCUGGUGUUUUGACCCAAAAAUGGCGCACGGGGUCGACAUCGACGGCGACAAUUACGUUGACGUGGCGGUGGUGGCCGAAGGCACCCACAAUGUGUUGCUUUUCAUGAACGACUGCUCCUCAUUACCGUGCAUGCAACCCUUCCCAGCCAACACGCAGACGGCCACGUACCAAGAACUCCAAGAAGGCAGCAUGCAUAAACCCCAGUCCGUCUUUGCCGUCGACGUCGACGGCGACAGCGACGUGGACGUGCUCGUGGCGGCCAAGAGCGGCAUCACGUUCUACCAGAACGACGGGUCCCAGGACUUCGAGGAGAGGACGGUCACGACGACGCUGACCGAUCUCAGGUACGUGUAUGCGACCAAGUUAGGUUACGGCGACGACCACCUGGAGCUGCUCGCGGCCUCGAACACGGACGGUUUCGUGGCGCUGUACGAGAACGACGGCCACGAAUUCUGGUACAAGCCCCCGCCCGACGGCACGAGCGAAGAGGUCUUACUCACCCAGUCGGAAUACAAUAACGAUGGCGACAUCACGAAUAACAACGCGAAGGGGGCCUGCUCGGUGCGGGCCGCCGACUUCAACGGCGACGGCGACAAAGACGUGCUCUUCGCCGGCGCGAGUCUGGCCGCGGGCGGUAGGAAGCAGAAGCUCGUCUGGCUGGAGAACCUUGCUACGGGCCAGCGCACCUUCGAGAAACACCAGCUCGGUGAUUUGGGGACCUCCUCCUCGCCCGAGUACUACGUCGACAUCGCCGACGUCGACGACGACGGCGACGUCGACGCGGUUAUCAUUUCCUACGAGAACACCUGGCUCGACUACUACCAAAACGACUGCGCGGCGGAGCCGACGCCCGCGCCCACGGCCGACGUCCCGACGUCGGUGCCGACCGGGAUCCCUACAUCAUAUCCGUCGGCCGUGCCGAUUCCGGAGCCCACCGGGCGCCCGACGGUGCCGCCCACGGCCCUGCCGACGGGCGUCCCGACGACGCUCCCGUCCUCGGUGCCGACGGUGCCGCCCUCGUCCCUACCGACGAGCGCGCCGACGACGCCCCCGUCCCCGGUGCCGACGGUGCCGCCCACGGCCGUGCCGACGGGCGCGCCGACGUCGGAGCCCACGGGGCGCCCGACGGUGCCGCCCACGGCCCUGCCGACGGGCGUCCCGACGACGCUCCCGUCCUCGGUGCCGACGGUGCCGCCGACGCCCAUACCCGCCCCGAUCCCGACGCCGGCGCCGACGCCGCGGCCCUCCGUCAGGUGCUCCGCCGGCGUGGCCUUCUCGACGGAGCACGUCGUGGCAUCGGGGGACUACGUGAACGUCCACGUGGUCGACGGUGCGAAAAUCAAAGUCGCGCGGCGCCUUCCACGCCCAUCUGCUCGACGGCGCGGCACCGGUUGAUUUGCACGCAGGUCGUCGACAUCAACAAGGACGGCCACAUGGACCUGCUCGUGGCAGCACGGGACGAAACGGACGCCACAGUAGACGGGGUCAAGUGGUACAAGAACAACGGCGCGACGACUCCGGGCUUUGUGGAUUCGCUCAUCGACGCGUCGCUCGGGGAGACCUCCUGGGCGCCUGGAAGCUCGGGCACCACGCGCGCCGCCUACGCGACCGAUUUGGACGCCGACGGCGACAUCGAUGUCCUCGCGGCGGACUUCCUCGGACAUAAAAUUUACUGGUACGAGAACGACGGGGACGAGACAUUUAGCAGACAUGAAGUCGUCCCGGGCCAGGACAAAAAAAGCGCCGCCGCCGUCUACGCGACCGACGUCGACGGCGACGGCGCGGUCGACAUCCUCUCGGCCGAACGGGGCGAUUGCAGGCAGUAUUGGUACCGGAACACUGGCAAUUCCUUUGAUAGGCAGGAGGUGCACAACGGCGAGGGCUCGCGCGAUGAUGUUAAUGCCAUCGCCGUCUACGCUGCGGACGUCGACGGCGACGCCCACAUGGAUGUCCUGUCGGGCGGCGAGGCCGACGCAAGAGAAUUCGACAUCGCGUGGUACAGAAACGACGGCGCCGCGACCCCGGCCUUCGAGACUAGAGUGAUUCUAUGGAAGACGGACGAUGGCCGGCAAGACGUCCUCGCGCUCGACCUCGACGGCGAUGGCGACGUGGACGUCCUGGACGCGUCCUAUCAAGCGGACACGGUCUCGUGGUACGAGAACCGAGAAGAACACAAUUGGGGCCGGGAGACUACCUCGGAGGUGACCUUCGAGGCGCACGUCGUCACGGCGUCGGCGGAUGGCGCCUUUUCCGUCGAAGCCCGGGACCUGGACGGCGACGGCGACGUGGACGUGCUGGCAACCUCGAGGAAAGACAACACGGUCGCGUGGUACGAGAACCUCGGUCGGGUCGGCUACACGCCGCGCGUGGACUUCGCGCAGCACCUCAUUGUCGCGAGGGACAUGACCACGUGCGAGGACAAGGAACCAAAAACAAAAGACGACCAAGGGAACAGCUGUUCGUGGUACCUCGUACCCAGUAACUCCGUAUAUUGCGGGUCCUACGACAACGCGUACUUCACGGCGGGUUCUCUGUGCUGCGAGUGCGGAGGGGGCCGCGCCGCGAGCGGCUUCGAGCGGGGCAAACCCAUGGACGUCACCGCGGCCGACCUCGACAACGACGGCGCCAUCGACGUCGUAGCGGCCUUUUGGAAUGAUAAUGGCGUCGCCUGGUACGGGAGCGACUGCGUCACCUCGCCGCCGACAAGAGCAUCCUUCAACCCCGUGCCGGCGCCGACGCCGCGGCCGACGGAGCGGUGCCAGGAGGUGGCAUUCACGGCACGGGAGGUCCAGCCUGACUACACCAAUAACAAGCCGCGUUGCGUCUUCGCCGCGGACCUCGACGCGGACGGCGACAUGGACGCGCUCGUGGCGGGGCACAACAGCGGCUCCAGCAGCAACUACGUGCUGGACUGGUUCGAGCUCGAUUUCGAACAUGAUGACACUUUUCAUGAUCACGAGCUCGACGCGGACCUCGACGACGACGCCGAAUUCGACGCGGUCUACGCCGUCGACGUCGACGCGGACGGCGACGUCGACGUCGUCGCGGCGUCGUCUACUCCGGGCGCCGUCUACUGGUACAAGCACAACUGGUUCGCCGGCAACGGGACCCACUUUCGCCGGCGGCAGAUCACGGCGGCGGCGCCCGCCGCCCGCUCCGUCUACGCGGUCGACCUCGACGACGACGGCGACGUGGACCUGCUCUCGGCGUCCUGCGACGACGACACGGUCGCCUGGUACGAGCAAGACGCGUCGUUCUUCACGAAGCGCGACAUUGAGACCGUCGCGGCCUGUGCUUCCGACACUGCUCCGGCCGUCUACGCGGCCGACGUGGACGGCGACGGCCGAAUCGACGUGAUCUCGGCGUCCAGCGCCAGCACCGGCGACAAGGUCGCCUGGUACCGAAGCGUCUGCAAGAAUAAGCUGGACAACACCACGAUUAGAACGGCCGUAACUGCUUGGCUCACCAACCAGGCUGCUGCCGAGGUGACGUACGGCCACAUUUCUACGUGGGACACGUCGGAGGUGACGGACAUGGAGGAGUUGUUUUGCGCACAAAGUGAUUGUCCAUGUGCUGGUCCCCCGGACGUGUGCACGGCCGCGGCGUCCUUCAACGAGGACAUCAGCGCGUGGGACACCUCCGGGGUCACGGCUAUGAACCGGAUGUUCGAACGCGCCUCGGCGUUCAACCGGCCGAUCGGUGACUGGCGGGUCGACAAGGUCACGAGUAUGCGCGCGAUGUUCUACGCAGCCUCAUCGUUCAACCAAGACAUCAGCGACUGGCGGAUUGACAGCCUCGAGGACGUGGGAUACAUGUUCGAUAGGUUCGACGCUCCGGUUUUGGCCUUCAACCAGGACCUCGGCUGGUGCUUAAACGGCGCCGUCGACCAAGAAAAUGCAUUCGACGGCACCGCGGAUGGGGAUUCAUCAGCUCCUAGUAACUCAUGCGCGUCGCCGUCGUGCGGCGUCGUACAAGGUGUCUGCGUGAUGGAUGACAGCACGAUUGAAGAUGCCGUCCUUGCUUGGUUUGACGACCCGACUGCUGCCGAGUCGACAUACGGCCACAUUUCUAUCUGGAACACGUCGGGGGUGACGAACAUGGAGGAGUUGUUUUGCGCAAGUUCUUCAUGUCCAUGUGCUGGUCCCCCGGACAAUUGCACGGCCGCGGCGUCCUUCAACGAGGACAUCAGCGCGUGGGACACCUCCGGCGUCACGAGCAUGAGCUGGAUGUUCCACUCCUCGGAGUUCAAUCAGAAUAUCGGCGGCUGGAACGUCGAGAAGGUCACGGAUAUGGGCGCCAUGUUCUACCUCACAUUGAAUUUCAACCAGAACAUUAACGGCUGGGACGUCGGCCAGGUCACGAAUAUGCGGGAGAUGUUCGGCCAGUCCUCGGCGUUCAACCAGGACCUCGGCGGCUGGAACGUCGACAAGGUCACUUCAAUGGUAUAUAUGUUCGUCAGCGCCACGUCGUUCAAGCAGGACCUCAGCUGGUGCGUUGACACGAGCGUGGACCUGAACCAAGCCUUCGACAACACCUGGUGCGAGUGGCCGUUGUGCGGCGUCAUCCAGAGCAGCGCUUGCCCGCCGCGCCCGGCGCUAAGCCCGACGCCCAGCCCGGUGCCGGUGCGGUGCGUGAUUGGCUCCUGGGAGGCCGAAAACGUGAUAUCCAGCGCGGCAAACGGCGCGACCGCCGUCUACGCCCUCGACGUCGACGGCGACGGCGACGUGGACGUGCUCGCGGGCGGCGACAAGGCAUGGUGGUACCGGAAUAACGGACAGGAUCCUCCCGGCUUCGACGAAACCGAGAUCAAGGCCGCCGCCGCGUACGCCGUCUUCGCGGCGGACGUCGACGGCGACGGCGACGUCGACCUGCUCGCGGGCUACGCGGACACCGUCGCGUGGUACGAGAACUCGACGGCGGCGCCCGGUUUCACGGAGCGCGUGAUCGAGGAUGUGGAGGGGACGGAUACAAGCGUCAAUUCGAUCUACGCCGUCGACAUGGACGGCGACGGCGACGUGGACGUGCUCGCGGCAAAUGAGGGCGCGGAGUCGCCAUCGUUCCCCGUGACGUGGUACGUGAACGACUGCGACAUCUGGGGCAAGCCGACCUACGUGCCGACGAGCGCGCCGACGGAGGCACCGACGUCCGUGCCGUCGUCGGCGCCGACGAGCGUGCCUUCGUCGGAGCCGACGCCCCUGCCGACGACGACGCCGACCGCCGCGCCGUCGUCGGAACCGACGACGGACUGCGCCACGAUCUCCCUCAUGGACUCGAUCGAGGGGGCGUUCCUCGUCAACACGGGCGAGACCGUCACGUUCCGGCUCACGGAACCCAGCGACCGCGCGGGCUACAAUUUAAAUCAGGUGUUUGACUGCGAUGAAGUCGUCGUAUUACACGACGAGCACGACGACACCAUCAGCCACAACAACGGCGAGAGCUGCGAGUUCACCGCGGACGACGUGUUCGUGAUGACGGUCAUUAUGGGGACGUCGCCGUCCAGUUCCGUGGUCCGGUCGGGCACGCGCGCGUACCUGAGGGAGCACGUCCUGCGGCCGCUCGACGUGCGGGACUGCGACAUCCCGCGGGGCAACGACGGGCAACCCGGAUCGUGGCCAUUCAAGGCGAGCGUGUACGAAGCGGGAGCUCCGACCCAAGUGCCGGUCCCCGAUCCGACUCCGGCACCCACUUCGGGACCCACCCCGGCACCCACCCCGGCACCCACCCCGGGGCCGACGACGGCCGUGCCGACGACGGCGGCGCCGACGACGGUCUGCGCCACGAUCUCCCUCGAAUAUACCAUCUACGGGGCGCGCCUCGACGACACGGGCGCGACCGUCACGUUCCGGCUCUCGGACGCCAGCGACCGCGCGGGCCACGACGACGCCGCGUUUCUGUGCGAGGACGUCGUCGUAUUAGAGGACACGAACGGCGCCACCCAAAACGCGGGCGAGAGCUGCCAGUUCACCGCGGACAACGAGUUCGUGAUGACGCUCCUCGGGGAGGCGUCCCUGCUCGAGCCGAACACGCGCGCGCAACUGAGGGAGCACGUCGUGCGGCCGCGGGACGUGCGGGACUGCGACAUCACGCGGAACGAGGACGGGCAGCCCGGUGCGACGGCCGUGGCGAGCGUCCAGCCGCCGGGUAACCCGGUGGAAGUCGUGCUGGCGCUGCCCGCGUCGCCGCUCGUGGUAAGCUACUGCGCGGGCGACCUGGUGGUGGACGCGGCCGCGUCGACGGGCGGCGGCGGCCGCGCCCUGAGCUUCGAGUGGAACGUCGACGACGACGCCGCCACCCAGGUGGACUCGACGGAGAUCAUCCUGCGCUACCCGCUCUCGAACCGGCCCGAGUGGAACCUCGACCCCGACGUCGAGAUCGAGGACCAGUACAUCGACCCGUUCAACGUGCGCGUGACCGCCACGAACUGGCUCGGGUCCAGCAAGUGGAAAUUGAUCCGCAUCGAGCCGACGCAGCUCGCGGUGCCCAACGUGUACAUCGAGGCCGGCUACGACCGCACGAUGUUCCGCUGGCAGGCGCUCCGGGUCUUCGCCUACGCCGAGGCGGAGCGGUGCGACGGCGCGCGCGUCGAGCUCGAGUACGACUGGUACGUCGUCGGGACGCCCGUCUGGAGCGCGUCGCUCGACCCGCGGUACUUCGAGCUCGCGCCCUACGCCCUCGACGCGGGCGGCGUGUACGAGAUCGUGGUCACGGUCACGGACACGCGCUUCGCCACGAACACGGCGCGCACGAGAAUGGAGGUCGUGGCGUCGGAGGUCGUCGCCGUCGUCGACGGCGGCGGCCGGUCGGCCGCGGCGGGCUCGACGGUCGUGCUGGACGCGUCGCGGUCCUACGACCCGGACGGGUCCGAGCUGACCUUCGUGUGGAAGCGGGACGGCCUGCCCGUCGGCGCCGGCGCGACCCUGGCCGCGGAGGCGCCGGCCGUCGGCGCCGUGGUCACGUACGAGGUCCGGGCCUCCACGAACGACGCGUCCGCGCGGUCGGCGGAGUACGAGACGACGCUCUACGGCAUCGCCGAGCCGGAGUCGGGGCCCGCGGUGACGAUCGAGGCGCCGGCCGGCCGCGUCGACUGCACGUCGAGGGUCGUCGUGCCCGCGUCGUCCGCGGCCGCGGCGUCCAACUACUCGCUCGCGUGGGGCCGCGAGGGCGCGUCCGACGACAUCUUCGCGCGGGCCCUCGCGCCCACGGCCGCGGCCGUCGCCGCGGGCGCGCGGGGCGCGCUCGCGCUCGUCUUCGGCGCGACGGGCGGCCUCGUGCCGGGCUCGACCUACAACUUCCGCCUCGCGGCGCAGCUGGGCCCGUCCGCGAGCUUCGCCGACGUCGUCGUCGCGUGCAACGCGGCGCCCACGUCGGGCCUCUUCACGGCCGAGCCCGCCGCGGGAAUCGUCUUCCUGACGCGCUUCGACCUCUUCGCGACGUCGUGGGUCGACCUCGACCUGCCCCUGACCUACGACUUCUACCAGAAAGACACGCCGCUGACGAGCGGCGCGUCGUCGCCCAGCUUCCGCACGGAGCUGCCCGCGGGCGCGCCGCUCGCGCUCCACGUCGACGUCCGCGACGCCUUCGGCGCCGCGACGCGCGCGUCGGCGGCCGUGGACGUGUCCCCCUCGACGGACGACCCCCCGGCCCUGCGCAACGCGACGGAGCGGCGCCUCGCCGAGGCCCGCGCGACGACGAACGUGCAGCGGACCUUCGCGACGCUCAACGUCGCCGCCGCGAACGAGCUGCUGCUGCGCAACGCCUCGCGGGCCAACGGGACGGCGGCGUUGCGCUGCGAGACCGUCGAGAUCGCCGCGACGACCGGCGCGAACGCCACGAACGCGUCUUCGGUGAGGCGCUGCCGGCCGGUCGUCUGCGGCGGCGUCCACUGCGGCGCCGGUGCCCUGGACACGUGCGUCUACCUCGACGGCGCCGGCCGCGAGACCUACGAGCGGGACCGGGCCGUCACGCCCGGGCGGUGCGCGUGCCGGGGCGCGCAGGGGAACAGCUCGGGCUUCGGCGGCGACGCGUGCGAGCUCAGUACGGAGGCAGCGCGCAACGUCAGCGCAUAUAGGAGGCGGCUGCUGGACGAGCUGGAGUACGUGCGCCGGUUCCAGGCCGUCGACGACGCGAACGUGCGCCAGCAGGCGACGACGCUCGACGCGCUGGCGCGGAGCGCGCUCGCGCCGGAGGACGCGCGCCACGCGCUGGGGCUCGUCGCGGCCGUCGCCGUCGACAUGGAGGCGGCGGGCCUCUCGAACGACGCGCGGCGGCUCGACGCGCCCCGGGCGCUCGUGGGCGCCGCGUCGUCGCUCCUGGCCACGCUGCCGAGCGACGCGACGGUCCCGAACGUGACGGACGAGGUCGUCGUGGGCGUCGCGGACGACGUGGCGGCGGCGCUGAUGAAGGACCAGGUCCCGGGCCAGGCCGCCGACGCGGUCCGCGGGGCCGGCCUCGCCGUCACGGGCAUGCGCCGGCGCGAAAUACGGGCGGAGCCCGUGCCGGCGCUGCUGGGCGACCCGCCGAGGGAGUGCGUGCCGCCGCCCAACGCGACGGCCUGCGAGCCGGGCUGGGACGCCGGUCUCGGGCCGGCGGCGACCUUCACGGUCGAGGGCGCGGGCGACUUCGCGGUCGCGCUCGCGACGUUCGCCAUGACGCCGCGGCGCAACGCGUCGGCGCCCCUCGGCGCGCGCGUCGUCCGGGCCCGCGUCGAGGACGCCGCGAACAUGACGAAUGGAAGAAGGCGCCUCGCGCGGCGCCGGAGCUCGGGCGGCGGCGGCUCGGCCGCGGACCACGGCGAGCGCAGCGACUCGCGGUACGACCCCGAGGCCGACGGCCUCGAGGCGAUUCUGGUCUUCCCCCUCACGGAGCCGCGGGACAACCUGACGGGGAGCUGCAUCUGGUACAACUUCGCGCUCGGCGAGUGGACGGCGCGCGGCUGCCGGACGAUCAACCUGACGCGCGUCGCCCACACGUGCGCCUGCCCGCUCGCCGCGGCGGGCGGCCGCGACUUCUCGGAGAGCGCCGUCGAUUAUUAUACGGAGGCGCUCAUGGAGCCCAUCACGUUCCGGACGCUCGCGCAGAACGUCGUGCUGCUGAGCUUCGUCGCGACGCUGGCGGGGCUCUUCGCGCUGGCGGCGUUGUACGGGUACUACGCGGACAAGCGGGACGCCGCCAAGGCCUUGCUGGAGGAGAAGGACACGGCGACGUCGCCGCUCCGCGUCGAGGACUUUGGGAAGGACGCGCCCUCGGAGGAGGAGUUGGUGCGGGCGUCGCUGCCCGAUUUUGUAUUGGGCCUGUACAACGCGCCGCGCUUCGGCCUCCAGCUCAUCUGGGAGAACCACUCGCUCACGUCGCUCUACAGCGUCUACGACCCCGCGGCGCCGCGGCCGGCGCGGUGCAUGGUCUGCUUCUUCAACAUUUUGGUGAUCAUCGCGGCCGAGGCCAUGUGCCACUGGCUCAAGUAUCCCCUGGGCUACUGCCGGGCGGCCGAGACGCGCGCGUCCUGCCUCGCGAAAACCCUAUUGUAUGACGAGGUCUGGGUCGCCGUCGUCGGCGGCGAGACGAAGCAGGCCUGCUCCUGGACGCUGGGGCCCCUGGACCCGGACAACAAGCCCUGCGAGCUGGACGUCCAGGAGGCGGGCGCGGUCAACCCGCGGACGCUCUUCCUGGAGCUGGUGGUCGUUUUAUUGACGCUGCCGGCGUUGAAGUUCCACAACUGGCUCUUUUUUACGUAUGUGAGCGCGCCGCGCAAGUCCACGCGGAAGGUGGCGCCGGCCGGCGCGUGCCAGAGGAGCGCGGCGGCGCGGCGGGCCGUGCGGCGCCUCCGGCGCAAUUUGAGGCUCGAGGGCGACGGCACGGACCUCAAUGGGUUGGAGGCGAAGCAGGUGGUGUAUCGCGGCGCGCGCGACGCCGUCGUGCCGGCGAUGCGCGCCAUGGUUAGGCGAAAAAGGGAACUAGACCACGCGCUCGCGGACCACGACCACACGCCCCUGGAUCGGUCGACGCGCCGGGCCUUGAAGACCAUAAGGGAGGAGUUCAGCAACAAGUGGGGCGUGCCGCACACGCCCUGGAAGAACUGGACGACGCCCGAUUUGGAGCUCUUCGCGCUGCGGGCGCACCGGCGCCUGAGCGCGAACCUGGACCUGGCGGCGCGCGUCGACUCGAGGAUCGCGGAGGCCGACGACGGCACGGCGUGCGGCUUGUACUACUUUUUAUUAAGGUGCGACGACCUGACGCUGUUUGAAUUGGAGGUGAUCCGGCUGGAGAUGUUCGGCGAGGACGCGGUGGGGCCCGAGCCCGUCGACGACCUGCCCAAGGCCGUGGGGACGUUCCUGUGGUUGUUUGCGUUACUCUACCCGCUGUGGCUCACGUUGCAGUUCGCGCAGCGCCUCGACCAGGAGGGCGCGACGGGCAAGAAGAUGAAGCGGGCCUGGUUCUACAGCACGGUCCAGUUCAUCUGCUUCUCGUUUCUGACGAUCGAGCCCAUGGUCAUCCUGAUCACGAUGAUCGUCGUGCCGCUCGCGGUGCGGGACAAGCUCCUGUUCCUGGAGAACCCGCGGAACCGGCACCUGCCGUUCCGGGCGGCCGCGCCCGUGGACCCCUCUGCCUUAGUUUCGUACGAGAAGGUCCUGGCCUUCGACCGGCUGGGCCUGCCGGAGCCGCGGCGCCUCAAGCAUAUGAGGGAUGACGCCGUGAAGGCGGCGGCGCACCGGGCCCACGACGAGGGCGAGACGAAGGAGAUCGAGGAGGUGAAGCACAGGAUCUUCCACUCGCAAAAGGUCGAGGAGGCCGAGUUCGUGUUACACGCGACCAAGGAGAUGAAGGCCUGGCUCGCGACGCUCCACAAGCACGAAGAUAACGAGCGCAAAGAAAACGCGAAGUUCCGGGCGAAGGGCGGGUCCUGCACGCUCUGGCGGGGCCAGGCAUUGACGCGCGUGGCGUCGACGAUCGCCUUCCACCCGGCGUGGUACCAGCUUCCUUUGUCGAUCAUCGGCGAGUUAUUGCUGUGGACGCCGCCCGUGCCGCGGGACACGUUCUUGGAGGAGAACAUCAUCGCCCUGGUGUUUGCGAUUGUGGGCGUCGGUUCGUCCUUCGGCGGAGGCAAAAGACUCAUGUUCGAGGCCAAUAGAUUAGUGCCCGGGCUGGUGGUGGUCCUCGUGUGCUGGGUGGCGAUGGUGAUCAUCGUCAUGUUAUUGCUCUUCCUGAUUGAAGCGGUGGAAAAGUUAAACGCGUUCAUCGUCGUGCACAAGGAGCAUCUGCGGUUGAAGGACACGGCGCUGGACCUCGAGGAGCGGUUGCACAGGCAUGAAGUACGAGAGCGGUGCGUGGCCUUGGAAGCUUUAUGGAACGACUACGAGGAGGCCACGAUGUUGGAAGAUGCGCGGGGCAUGGCGCCCUCGGCUACUGAUUUGUCCUCACUCUUGGCGCAUGUGGAAGACGACCCGAACGCGGCCGUCGCGCGGGAGAACGACCUGUUCGUGAGCGCCCAGGCGCGCAUCGAGGAGCAAAGGUUGGGGCUUUCGCGCGGACCCAUGACGCACGAAGUUAAGGGGCCGCCGGUCAUGGUCGCGUCGCCGCCCCGGCUCAAGCCGCUGCCGCAUCGACCCAAGAGACCGCCGCCGCCCAUGCCGGACGUAGCGCGCAUGAUUAUGCUACAAAACCGCGUCGUGCGGGCCUUCCAGCACCCCCACGCCGUGGGCAAGGCCGAGCUCGGGCCCAAGGAUCUGGGAUUGACCGACGCGCAGAAGGCCAAGCUGAAGCUCAUGUCGUUAAGGCGCACCGGCGACGCGCCGGUCGUGCCCGAACCGAGCCCGGAGACGAAGCCGGAGCUGCCCCGGACGACGUCGCAGCGAGUGGCGGAGCUGAAGGCCGAGCGCGAGGCCGCGAAGGCCGAGGCCGCGAAGGCGGAGGAGGCGGCGCCCUUGUUAAGCGCCGAGGAGGAGAUGGCCCGGGAGAUGGAGGCGGCUCGCAGGGAAGCCGAGGCCAUGAUGGCGUCGUUCCAGGCCGCGCACGAGGAGUCCAAGGAGGACGUCGAGGCGCCGCCCCAACCGUCCGCGACGGGCCCGCGGCGCCUCGCGCCGGCGUUCGAGCAGCACGCCUCGCCCGCGCGGGGCGGGCAGCACCACUCUUCGCGGGGCGGGCAACACGCCUCUUCUUUGCGGGGCGGCGCUCGCAGGAAAAAGAAGGGACCGGCUCGACGCGCGCCGGGCCACUAAAUUCAUACGCGCGCGGCGACCGGCCGGCGCGGUCCCCCAUCGACGGCGCACGGGGAAAUUCGUUAAAUCUGUUAUUACUAAA